AAAGACGCUGAGUCGGUAGUAACGCCGUUUUCACCCAGUCUACAGCUGCGCUGCGAAGUUGAGUGGUGGGUGAAUUUGGUGAAACUUCAGGGUGACAACUGUAGAGGGACAGGAUGGAUGGUGAAGAGAAGACAUACGGCGGCUGUGAGGGGCCAGAUGCUACGUAUGUGAAGUUGAUUUCCUCAGAUGGCCACGAGUUCAUUGUGAAGAGAGAACACGCGCUGACGUCAGGCACAAUCAAGGCAAUGUUGAGUGGUCCCGGUCAGUUUGCAGAAAAUGAAACAAACGAAAUCCACUUCAGAGAGAUUCCAUCACACGUGCUGUCCAAGGUCUACAUGUAUUUUACAUACAAAGUGCGUUACACCAACAGCUCCACAGAAAUCCCAGAAUUCCCUAUUGCCCCGGAGAUUGCCUUGGAACUUCUAAUGGCAGCAAACUUCUUAGAUUGUUAGAUCACUAAUAGGCAUCCUGGAUCUACCCUUUCACUGUAAAAUCCAAAAGUGUGUAGGUGUAUUUUUAUGCUUGCCAUUUUAUACAUUGUUGUAUGAUAUCAGGUCAUUUGUUUAUCAGGACUUACUGCAUCAGUUUGACAUGGUGUAGGGAUAUUGUAAUAAACAUCAUUGUCUGUAAGAUACCUCUUAUGUUUUCGUAUUAUUUAUAGAUAUUGUUCUGAGGAGGCUGGACAUAGAAUAAGUUGUGAUGUGAUGCAUAGUCUAUUCUAGCAGCCUUCAUCCUGAGUGAAUACUAUUUUCUCCAUGUUAUUAUUUCUGUCACUCAGUUUAUGGAUGGGUGAUUUAAUUCAUUUUAUAGAAGUGUUUUGAAUUGACCAGGGUAGUAUUCCAUAUACAGUACACUUGCAUGAGCAGCAUUUGAACUGAAAGGUGAAUGGACAUCAUGAUUGAUAUAAAAAUCUGUAGUUUUCAACAUCUUUUGUUACAGGAACUGAGCAAUUCAGGAUUAUUGUAGGCACAUUUUGAAUAUGGUCUCAUAAUGUUUUAAUUCCAACUUGAACAAUACUGAAAAUAAAUAUGGUCUGAACUAUCUUUUGCCAUUA